AAUUUAAGAGGGAGAGAGUUUAUAUAAUAGCAUAGCACAUUGCUCAAACUCCAAGAUCAACUGAGCAAGCAUGGCUUCCAAUUUGAUCAAAACCUCAAGCUUGGUGCUAGCAGCUUUAGUUGCUCUCACAGUUCAAGUCUUCUACUUCUCACCCAUAGAUCCAGUUAUACUAGAAAUUCCUUCUGCUGCAUCUUCAACUUCUUCAACCAAAAACAACCAAUUACAGAGUGUGAUUAAACUUGGAGAAGGAUUUCUGAAACAACCAGAAGAUGUUUGUGUUGAUAAAGAUGGUGUUCUAUAUACAGCUACAAGAGAUGGUUGGAUUAAAAGAAUGGUUAGGAAUGAAAAUUGGGAGAAUUGGAAGCAUAUAGAUAGCUCUUCUUUGCUUGGAAUCACUACAUCUAAAGAUGGUGGUCUCAUUGUUUGUGAUACUACCUUGGGUUUACUAAAGGUUACAGAAGAUGGUUUCAGUGUUAUCCUUUCACAAGUAAAUGGUUCUCAAUUAAUAUUUGCAGAUGAUAUAAUAGAAGCAUCAGAUGGAAAUAUAUAUUUCAGUGUACCAAGUACCAAAUUUGGUUUACACAAUUGGUAUCUAGAUGUGCUUGAGGCAAGACCACAUGGACAACUUUUAAGGUACAAUCCAUUGUCAAAUGAAACCGUUAUUGUCCUUGAUCAUUUGGCCUUUGCCAAUGGUGUUGCACUCUCCAAAGAUGAAGAUUAUCUUGUGGUUUGUGAAACUUGGAAAUUUAGGUGUCUAAAACAUUGGUUAAAAGGAAUUAAUAAAGGUAAAACAGAAAUCUUUAUUGAAAACCUUCCAGCUGGACCUGAUAAUAUUAAUCUUGCUCCUGAUGGCUCAUUCUGGAUUGCUUUAAUUCAGGUGACUUCUGAAAGGAUGGGGUUUGUGCACACCUCUAAAGUAUCCAAACACUUGGUAGCUUUAUUUCCAAGGCUAGUUAACAUGAUUAAUAGUGUAACUAAAUCUGCAAUGGUGGUGAAAGUGACAACUGAAGGCAAUAUUAUAAAAAAGUUUGGUGAUAAUGAUGGGAAGAAAAUCACUUUUGUAACUUCAGCUGUUGAGUUUGAGGACAAUCUUUACUUAGGUAGUCUUAAUACUGAUUUUGUUGGGAAAUUUCCACUGCAAAAUGCAUAGAACUAGUGAAGUAGUUCAACUUUAAGAUUGAAUAAGGGGUGCAUCUCUUUGCUUGUAUGAGAAAAAACAUCUUAUUAGUUUUUAAUGUAUGAUUUAGACCAAAAUCAUUUAUAGGAAUGUAUUUUAUGUUAAUUUGUGCUUGUCAUUGAUAUGAAUAAUAAUACAUACGAUAUUAGCAGUGGA